ACACAGUUAUAUCAUGAUCAUGAAAAUAUUGACAGCUCUUGUUUUCUUCAUCCUAGCCACACUUGUAGCAGCAACCAAAUCUUCAGACGGUGCUAAAUCGAUAUCCCACCAGAUACAUCUCCUCCGACCACAAACCGGUUCCGGUGGGAGACACAUCCCCGGCGUUUCGUGUCUCAGCUGGCGACUGGGAGUGGAAACCCGCAAUAUCAUUGACUGGACGACUGUUCCAGCUGCUUGUGAAGGCUAUGUAGGGCACUACAUGCUUGGCCACCAGUACCGAAAAGACUCGAAAGCUGUUACUUAUGAGGCUUAUCUCUACGCUAAGAGCCUGAAUCUAACAGAGGAUGACAAGAACUUGUGGAUCUUUGAUAUAGAUGAGACUAGCCUCUCCAAUCUGCCUUACUAUGUACACCAUGGAUUCGGGGUAGAAGUAUAUAAUUCAACUACAUUCGACGCAUGGGUCUUGGAAGGCACAGCCCCAGCCUUGCCUGAAAGUCUUAAACUGUACAAGAAGUUAUCGACUCUUGGAGUUAAGGUUGCAUUCAUAACUGGAAGAGGAGAGUCUCAAAGAAGUGUCACAGAAACCAAUCUCAAGAAGGUUGGAUAUCACACUUGGGAAAAGCUCGUGCUGAAAGAUUCAUCUUACUCUGGCAAAACUGCAGUUGUAUAUAAAUCAACUGAGAGAAAGAAGCUUGAAGAGAAGGGAUAUAGGAUAAUUGGGAACAUUGGUGAUCAAUGGAGCGAUCUCUUGGGAACAAAUGUUGGCAACCGGACCUUCAAGAUGCCUGAUCCAAUGUAUUACAUUAGUUGAACAAUAAUAGGUAUUCUUCUUUCACCAGGUUGAAUGUUUUAUCAAGGCUUUAUUGAGUGUGAGGGCAAAUAAAAAAGGUCGGCAAUGUAAGUCUGUCCUUCGUU